AUGCCAUCUUUUGAUCGUAUGUGUUACAACUGUGGUGAACCUGGGCAUAUAAAGAGAGAUUGUUCCUACCCACGUGUGUUAGAUUCCGUGCAGCAGCAGUCUAGAGCAGUGGUACCCACGGGGAAUAGUAAUAAUGGUAGAGGAUGUCCACAAAGUGGGCAAGAAGGUAAUCAGCGAAGUCGUGGAGGUAGAGAAAAUGGUAAUGCAGGCAGGGGUAACGUGCAACUAGGCAGAGAAGUGGCUCGUCAAGAUGAUAGGGCUCAGUGUUAUGCAUUUUUGGGCAAGAAUAAGGCAAAGGCGUCUGACGCGGUGAUCACCGGUACUAUUCUUGUAGAAAGUCAGUCAUAG